UCUUUGGGAUUCACGCAGGUGCCCUAAAAACGGACGAAUUAUCGGACAGUAUUACAAAAUUCAUUUUCAAAGCGGACUUUUCAAGGAAAACUGGACAGGACGUCUGGCCUGUUUCAACGCCGAAAAAGGUUCAUAUUCGCUUCACUUUCACUCGCGAGCAGCAGCAACUUGCUAGUUGUGACCGCUAGCUAGCUAGCUUUGACUAGCCAACACAACACAACACAACAAGAAGCUCUGAAGAGCAAAGGAUUUAUGGAGUUCGUCUAUAAAUAAUACGCAUCUCUGAUGAUGUGGUUCCGUUGGCUUCAUCGAGCCGCGAUCUCCAACUCUCACCGGAGCGGUUCGCAGCCGAGUGUGAAGCGGCUGAGAUGUGAAUCGGCACCUCUGAAUCCGAGGCCGUGGUCCUCAGUCGGAAAGGGGAAGAGCUGGACCAAGUGGCUGGUGGGAGGGAAGUCUGGGCGUCCCUGCUAAAGCUCUACCCGACCUCGCACCGGCAGCUGUAUACUGCGUGCGGUCUCGCUGCGGGACGUACGAAGCUCCUGAGCAACAUCAACGUGUCGAGGUUGAGAGGCGCGCAGAAGCAGCUAACAACAACAACACGCGACUGCGGCGACGAGGAACCCGAGCAAAUGUGGUGGGAACACACACAGUUCUCGGGAGUCUUUCAAACUCCCCGCUGUACGGAGGUGGGAGCUGAAAGGUGGUUUUCUUCUUCUCAGAAGAGACAUUUUCCUCCGUGUGUUCCCCCGUGGGGCUGCUGUGAUGUGCCGGUUGGUCACGCCGGCUAACGCGGCUCGACAAGAAGCCGUCCGCUGGACGCGUUCCGUACAGCACGCCCAAUUCACAGCGCUGCCGGACGCAGCUGGAUUCAACAACGGGUUGGGAAAUAUCCGGAACUGGAACCGGAGCUCAUGAUGUGGCGGACGGGAUGCGUUGAUACGGAACCGCGAGCUCGGCAGGAAUGAGUGGACAGGACUCCAGAAGAGGCUCCUGGAGGAGCGGGAAUGGUGGUUGGAGAGGAAAUGGAAGAGGAUGGCGUGGAGGAGCCAAUUGGGGGUGGAGAGGAGCAGGAGGAGGAGGUGGUGGUGGUGGUGGAGGGUGGAGGAGUAGACCUUGGAGAGGUGGACGAGGAGGACGAUCAAUUGGAGGGAGGCCUGCAGGUGAUAACAGAGCAUCGGCAAGUCACAGCUUUGGCACACAGAGAGUCCUCCAGCAGGCCACCCUGGAUGUGCUGUGCCCUUACAGAGGAUGGUCGCUGUACUUCACCGACGGUUUCAUCGAGAGCUCGCCCAGCGUGGAGAAGAUCAACGUGUUUGAGAAAUACUUCGCCUCCAAGAUUCACCUCUACGACAAGGACGAGAUCGAGCGUCAGGGCAGCGUGCUGGUGGAUUACGCCGACCUGACCGCAAAUGAGAUGGUGCUUGGGGCGCUUCCCGGUCUGACCGCGGAGCUGAAGGAGCAACCGGAGGUGAUCCUCAACUGUUUGGGACUGGCCAUUCACCAGGUGUUGACAGUCGAUUUGGAAAAGCAGGCUGCCGAGCUGCCCGGGGACGAGCUUCCUGUGGCCGCGCCAAUCAUCCACAUCCCUCACAUUAGUGCGCGGCUGUACAACUACGAGCCGCUGACUCCGCUGCGCACGUUGCGGGCCGGCGUGUUCGGCUGCCUGGUGUGCGUGAGGGGCACGGUGGUGCGGGUGAGCAACAUCAGGCCGCAAUGCACCAGGCUGGCCUUCCAGUGCACGACGUGCUCCGGCACGCUCUCGCUGCCGCUGCAGCACGGGAAGUACGCGACACCCACCAAGUGUCCCCAGCCAGACUGCCGCAGUCGCGCGUUCAGUGCCAGGCGGAAUUCUCCGCUGACACACACUGUGGACUGGCAGAUCAUCAAGGUGCAGGAGUUGGUGUGCGGCGAGCAGAGGGAGGCCGGGCGCAUCCCACGCACUGUGGAGUGCCACUUGACCGCCGACCUCUGUGACAGCUGCGUCCCCGGCGACACCGUGACCGUGACGGGGAUCGUUAGAGUCACAAAUGAUGGCACCUCCAGGUGGAAUAAGGACCAGUGCAUGUUCCUCCUCUACAUUGAAGCCACAUCAGUCAGCAACACAAAAGGUCAGCAGUCCAAGCCUGGAGGCGCGGGCUCGUCCGGCGGCUCCUCUGACGAUCGCCGUGGAGGUGAAGAGUUUAGCCUGAAGGAGCUCUACGCCAUCCAGGAGAUCCAGUCGCAGCCUGACCUGCUCCGACUUAUAGUGCACUCUCUGUGUCCCGCCAUCUACGGCCACCUGCUGGUGAAAGCGGCGCUAGUGUUGGUGUUGUUCGGAGGCCGGCAGAAGCACACGGGCAAGAACAGCGUCCCGGUCAGAGGCGACGCCCACGUCCUGAUGGUGGGAGACCCCGGACUGGGCAAGAGCCAGAUGUUACAGGCAGUGUGCAAUGUGGCUCCUAGGGGGAUCUAUGUUUGUGGCAACAGCACCAGCACUGCAGGCCUAACAGUGAGUUUAUACAGAGAUCCCGGAAGUGGAGAUUACGCUCUGGAGGCUGGAGCCUUGGUGCUGGCAGACCAAGGUUUGUGCUGCAUUGACGAGUUUGACAAGCUGGGCAGCCAGCAGCAGGCCCUGUUGGAAGCCAUGGAGCAGCAGUCGGUGAGUCUGGCAAAGGCGGGAAUCGUUUCAUCUCUGCCCGCCAGAACCUCGGUCGUCGCAGCCGCCAACCCCAUCGGAGGCCAUUACAACCGAGGCAAGACCGUCUCGGAGAAUUUGAAGAUGGGCUCGCCGCUGCUCUCGCGCUUCGACGUGGUCUUCCUUCUCCUGGACAUCCCGGACGAGUCCCACGACCGCCGUCUGUCCGAACACAUCAUGGCCAACCGGGCCGGCGGAGGCAAAACCAGCGGCGCCGUGGUCGCCAGGAGCAGCAAGAGCGACACGGAGACAUCCAUCUUGUUGGAACGUGCAGACAUGCCGUUGUCUGAACGGUUGCAGAUCCCCGCAGGGGAAGUCGCCGACCCCAUUCCGCCGUGCUUGUUAAGAAAGUACAUCAGCUACGCUCGCCACUACGUUCACCCCACGCUGUCGUCCGAAGCCGCGCAGACGCUUCAGAACUUCUACCUGUCGCUGAGGUCCCAGUCACGCGGCGCCGACACCACGCCCAUCACCACCCGCCAGCUGGAGUCCCUCAUCAGACUCACCGAGGCGAGAGCCAGACUGGAGCUCAGCGAGACGGCCACAAAGAGCCACGCGGAGGAUGUGGUGGAAAUUAUGAAACACAGCCUGGUUGACACGUACUCCGACGGCCUGGGCAAUCUGGACUUCGAGCGCGCGCAGCUGGGCACGGGCAUGAGUCAGCGCGGCGCCGCCAAGCGACUCAUCGGCGCCCUGCACGCGCACGCCCAGCGCACCAAUCAGAAGCAGUUUGACCUGCAGGCCAUUCGAUCUGUGGCGGAGAGGCUUAACAUAAAGGUGAUGGACUUUGAGGGUCUAGUGAGUUCCCUGAAUGAACAAGGUUUCCUGUUGAAGAAAGGAGCUAAGCUCUACCAACUUCAGACCGUCUGACAAGCGAGCGACAAACCAAAGAAACGUUACCCUCACUCGCUGAAA